CAGUAGGCCUACACCAUGCAUGAAUACACCUGUGCAGGUGAGGUUGCUUUCCGCAAAACAGUGCACACCAUUGGUGCACACACCGCAACCGCAAAUCUGCCCAUAUGAUGCUCUUUGUCCCAGAAGCCCAUUGUAUACAGCGGAGGAAACCCUGUGGCGUUAUUAUGUGCCGUGAGCAGCCAUCUUGGAUAGACUGAUCAUACUUGAGCCAGGAUAACCUGCAUUCCUCAUCUAUACAGCUCAAGAACACAAAGCUCAAAAGACUUUCUGAGCCACAAUGACCACUGCACCGUACAACUACUCGUACAUUUUCAAGUACAUCAUUAUUGGGGACAUGGGGGUAGGGAAGUCAUGUUUGCUUCACCAGUUCACGGAAAAGAAAUUCAUGGCGGAUUGCCCCCAUACGAUUGGUGUGGAGUUUGGUACAAGGAUAAUUGAGGUAAGCGGCCAGAAGAUCAAGCUGCAGAUUUGGGACACGGCGGGACAAGAGCGCUUCAGGGCCGUCACCCGCUCCUACUACCGCGGUGCUGCAGGGGCGCUCAUGGUCUACGACAUCACCAGAAGAAGCACGUACAACCACCUCAGCAGCUGGCUGACUGACGCCAGAAACCUCACCAACCCUAACACUGUGAUCAUUCUCAUCGGAAACAAAGCAGACUUAGAGGCCCAGAGGGACGUCACAUAUGAGGAAGCCAAACAGUUUGCUGAGGAGAAUGGUCUGUUGUUUCUGGAAGCCAGUGCAAAGACAGGUGAAAAUGUUGAGGACGCCUUCCUGGAAGCUGCUAAGAAGAUCUACCAGAACAUCCAAGAUGGCAGCCUGGACCUGAACGCCGCUGAGUCGGGCGUCCAGCACAAGCCCUCGGCCCCUCAGGGCGGCCGGCUAACCAGCGAACCACAGCCCCAGAGGGAAGGCUGCGGAUGCUAAUGACCAAGCAAACCCCCUCUAUCAUCCCUUCCUCUCUCUCUCUUCGUCUGUCCUGCCCACCCUCCUUUAAUCAUCUCCCCUCCAUCCAUUCCUCCACCUCCGUACCUCCAUCCACUCUCCUCCCUCACUGCACUAGGAGCUGCAUGAGAGCAGGGCGGAUACCGACUUGGGCUAGACUGAGCUGGGCUGUGUGGACUACAUCUCCCCUCCCCCUCUAAACUCUGUCAGUGUGUUGUCGUCCCAUAACUCUUUUGCUCCCCUCUGCUCCUCUUGCACAUUCAGUCUAGUUCUCCCCGUCAUAGUAUUGUAGACGCCACCACACAUUACACAGGUUACUGACACUUUAGAUAGAUGUAACGAUCAUACGAUAAUGAUACACAAGACUGUUUUUUAUGUUUGGGUUUUAUAGCUAUAUAUGACAUGUAAAUGCUGCAUUAAGUUUCAUCCACAACUACCACUGAUCAGUUCUGAACUAUCAUACUGAUCAUACUCUCAAACUCCUGGCAUCUCUCCUGCAUGGUUCACCAAUCCAGCAUUUUAUCGAGACACGCGGGUGUGAUAUCUCACGUUAAUUUGUGUGGGAUUAGACAGUGAAGGCAACAAAGCAGUGUAUCAUGCAGCCACACAGGUAGAGAGGUGUGAGCUUUUUCAGCAGGAUUCAAACCUGCUUGUGGCUUUUAUUGUUUCUGCUGCUCGGCACAGAGAGUUGCAGCAACGCUGAUGUUCUCAGGAGAGAGAGAGAGAGAGAGAGAAGACGUUAAAAAAAAACAAAAAAAAAAACAGUAAUUGCCCACUAAUUCCUUGAAGUUAAUUCCUCAGUCUCUCCUCUGAGAUAUCACAGGAUGGAAUAUUGGAUGUGUUCCAGCUUGUUUGUGAGUGUCUGUGUGUGUGUUAAGAAGUUUGAUGGGCGUUUCAUUUAACUAAAAACAUGGAUUUCUUUAUCGGUUUCUUUGCACCAGCGCUCCCUCUCCUCACCCGUCCGACCCCAAAACUCUCCCCCAGGUCAUAUCAACAGAUUCGGUCUUUACCAGCAUUUUCUUUCUGUUUUUGUUGCCUUAUUAUAAUUAAUGUUAUUACAUUUUAAUCGUUGCUCUUCACACUGCUGUUGGACUCAGGUCGAGUCAAUAGUCUUAGAUUGAUGAUUGCAUUUUACUGGAGAACAAAAAUGCAAGUGGCUCACGUUUAAAAUAUCCCAAAAGUAUCAGCAGCAUGGUCUUAACAGUCAACCCUUAUCUCAAGUGCUGCACUGAAAAGCUGAUCUGUUAAUUUGGCCGGCUGUUCCUCUGCCUUGUAUAAUACAACACCAAGAGCAUGCCCCUCUGCCCCCCC